AUGGAAACCCAUCUGCGGCUUGUCACCGGACCAAUCGACCGGAUGUUCGUCGGUCGGCAACCGUGGCAGAUCGUGGCCAUAACAACGACGACGGUGCUCGGGACAAUCUGGUUGUGUCAGGUGUUGUUUCAAGAUGAAAGCUUGUACAGCCGCACGAAGAAGAAGGUAUUCAAACUAGCCCGCCUCAUACCAGCAGUCCGGCGCAAAGUCGACGCGGAGAUAAAGAAAAUCAACGAUAACUUCGUGAAAAGCAUUAGCCAACCAGGCAAGUACUACACCGAUCUGCCCAACGAGGGCAUGGAAGCGGCGCAAAUACUCAAAACGGUGGACGAAUACCUCAAUCUCGGCCAUUACCGGUGGAAGGAAGGUUUCAUCUCUGGUGCCGUGUACUACUACAACCCCGAGCUCAUCAAGCUCGUCACGGAGGUGUACGGGAAGGCGUCUUACACCAACCCGUUGCACCCGGACGUGUUCCCGGGCGUGUGCAAAAUGGAAGCCGAAGUAGUCCGAAUGACCGCGACGUUAUUCCACGGUGGACCCAGCGCCUGUGGCACAAUGACCACGGGUGGUACCGAGUCGAUCAUGAUGGCCUGUAAGGCCUACCGUGACUAUGCCCGCGAAAACCGCGGAAUUACGAAACCAAACAUGGUGAUGCCGACGACGGCCCACACGGGCUUCGACAAGGCUGCCAAAUAUUUGGGAAUUUUCACCAAGAAUGUCCCCGUGGACAAGGCUACUACCGAGGUGAACAUCGCAGCGAUGGAGCGCGCCAUCAACCGGAACACGGUGAUGUUGGUGGGUUCGGCGCCCAACUUCCCGUACGGUACGAUGGACGAUAUCGAAGCGAUCGCGGCGCUGGGCCGAAAGUACAACAUUCCCGUGCACGUGGACGCAUGCUUGGGCGGGUUUUUGAUUGUGUUCAUGAAGCGGGCCGGCUAUCCGGUGCGUCCGUUCGAUUUCAGCAUACCCGGUGUGACGAGCAUUUCGGCUGACACGCACAAGUACGGCUUCUCGCCGAAAGGCUCCUCCAUCGUGCUGUACUCGGAGAAAGUAUACCGGCACCAUCAGUACACCGUCACGACUGAUUGGCCCGGCGGUGUGUACGGGUCACCGACGGUAAAUGGAUCGCGAGCCGGUGGCAUCAUCGCUGCCACGUGGGCCACCAUGAUGAGCUUCGGUCUCGACGGUUACGUGGAGGCGACGAAGCGCAUCAUCGACACCACUCGUUACAUGGAGCAAAAACUUCGUGCCAUGAAAAACAUCUUCAUUUACGGUACCCCAGCAACGAGCGUAAUCGGCAUCGGAUCGAAGGAUUUCGACAUCUUUUUGCUCGCGGGAGAGCUGAGCAACUUGGGCUGGAACCUAAACUCCCUGCAAUUUCCCUCCGGCAUUCACAUCUGCGUGACAUACAUGCACACCCAAAACGGGGUAGCAGACAAAUUCAUCGAAGAUGUGCGCACGAAGGUUGCACUAAUCAUGAAGAAUCCCUCCCAGCCUGUCGAGGGCAAGAUGGCUAUAUACGGUGUAGCGCAAUCCGUGCCAGACCGUGAGCUGAUCGGAGAUUUCACCAAGUGCUUUAUCGAUUCCAUGUUCUACACACCAAUCGACUCGGCACCCACCGAUAAUUAACACUGCCCUGCCAAACCCGUUCACCGUAAAGCGGACCAUCAUCAAGCAUCACUGCUGAGGCGGCGAAAGAA